UGUAAUGGAUUCUCCGAAAUCCUCCGUGGCCCCCUCUCCCGGCCCUCUCCUCUCGCUCUCCGCCUUCGUCAAUCGGCACUCCGCGCGUUUCGGAGCCGAGCUCUCUAGCCGAUUGGAUGAAGCCCAGCGUUUUUUCUCUAAAGUAGCUUCCAAAUUCCCAGUUCUACCACCACCGCCGACGGUAGUAAGAAGUCAUUCGCAGUCGGCGCAUUCGUCUUUACCAUUCGCUUCAGUGUCUCAGAAACCCAGAGAAGGUAAUGAACUGAGCUCGGAACGCGUUUCCAAAGCGCUGCUCGGAACUUCAGUGUACACCGUCAGCAACGCCAACAAUGAGUUCGUGCUCAUUUCCGACCCCAAUAGUACUAAAUCCAUUGGAUUGCUUUGCUUUCGCGAAGAGGAUGCAGAUGCAUUUCUAUCUCAGGUGCGGUCCCGGAGGGGGGAAGUUAAAGGCUCGGUCAAGGUCGUUCCUAUUACUCUUGAUCAGGUUUAUAUGUUGAAUGUUGAAGGAAUUGCAUUUCGGUUUCU